AUGGAUGGUUAAGGAGGAUGGGCCAUGACCUUCCACGCUGGCCCAAUGCGGAUUGGAGGGUAUUAACGACUGCAAAUGCAGCCGGGACCAACGGCUUAACGUGCCUUCCGAAGCACGGAGUAGCUCGCGAUAAUAAUUUUUUGGUCACCCAUCCCGUGACCGACCCUUGCGAAAGUUGCUUAACGACUACGAUCGCGGGCCGCGGCGCUUAUCCACUGCGCCACCGAGCUACAAUCAAAAUAAAUUACGAUUCUAGAAAUUCGUUAUUUUGUAAUUUUAAUUUGUUAAAUAAAGAGUUACAUAGUGAAUUAAAUUAGCGUUUUUUUUUUUUUAUUCCGAAUCCCAAGUCGUAACAGUAUUAUUAAAAAUCUAUCGAC